AUGCCUUUUUCUCAAGAGGGCGACGAAUUUCAAGACAUCGACCAUUUCGUACAGGCCCUCGUAGAACUGUCUAGUAAAGCCGAAGAAACAGUUCAAUCCUACAAUGUUUUGAGUUCAAGCGAGCCUCAGUUAACUGGAUGGAUUACGGAGCGAACGAUUUCUAAUGAAAACAAAACAGUUUGUCGUCGAUCUACCCCAUCUAAAGCUGACUCCAAAGAACAUCGAUCAGGCACUCCGCGAAAAGCAAUUUCAAAACAGUUUACAAGAAACCGAGCGGAUAUCGUAGAGUUCAAGCAUUACUUACAACCACAACGAUACAUCGAAGAGUAUCGGAACGAAAAGGCUAUCCGACAAGAAAACGCUUACAAAGAUCUGCUUUGUAAAAACGAUAGGCGUAGGGCGUCUGAUUCUUGCGUGGAUUUUGGAAAAAAAUGCGAUCAAACGGAAUCUUCAGCAUCGAGGCACGUUCCCUCUGUACCUAGUGUUGUAAGCAUGAAGGAAGAACAAAUACCGCAAGAAGACAAUACUACUAAGCCUCUCAUUGUUGUUUCGUCAAAAGAGUUGUGUAAACCAGCUAAUUUGCCUCUGCCAGGGCAAUUUCAGGGUAGGAAAUUGCAGUGGCGGCCAACUAUAGGAAACAGGAAAAUACCUCAACCGAAAGUCGUAUCUCAGUGGUAAGGCGUUUAAUUAAUGAACCAAUAUGUAAAACUGUCUAGGCAAAUUGCAUGUUCAAUAUAAUCGCUGACGGGACAAGAGCCAAUUAGGGUUAAAUUUAUUGUUGACUUGCCAAAUUAGCCUUUAUAAAGCGCAUAUUGCGACUGGCCUCUAUGAUAUCGUAAUUAUAAAAUGUCUUACCAAAAUUGUUACUCAUAUGCUGUUAUGAUGACGUCGAAACGUCCACACUCAGUUUUAGUUGUUUUAGCUUUAGUAUAAAAUCGCUGUUGAUCAAGUAUUUCCUUACCAACAAUCAAUCACACCGAAAACUGGCGCUUGUAAAGACUGUAAGUCAAAACAUAGUUAACCAUUAACCAUGGUCAAAAGGAAAAUACCAAAACUGAAUUUGGCUCAAUUAAACUAGUUUCAAAAGAGUACAAACUGAUCGCUUAGGGAUUCAACUUGGCCCAGCCUGCCAACACACGUAUUUCCGGUCGUAGCUACUCUCAAAUACGUCUGCGUUCACGGGCUAAGUUGUUUCAAGGUCGCCAAUCAUAGCCCAUCCCAAGGUCAGAUUUUAAAUCCCAGUUCCUUAGUUCAAAAACAUUUUGUCUGUUAACCAGUCAUUUGUAAGCGUGACGGGCCAAAAGAAUUCACUUGAAGUUUGCUUUGUACGCGGAUUCCAUUGAUUCCGGCUAGCCUGUUUCAGGCGUUUAGAUCGUGGGGACGGCGCGAAGAGAUGUGAGCAGGAAAAAAAAAGCGAGGGGAUGGUGAACAGGCCAGAUCUGGGCCAGAUCAGACUGAUUCAAAUUUCACGCUCACCCAGGAUUAACUUAAGCCUGCUCUCAAAACCGUUAUAUCAUCCUCACAAGCGUUCAACUUGUCCAGUUGUACUAGCGUUAUUAACUUCAUCCUCUCUUGCCUCACAAUGCAGAAAAUAAUUUAAUAAGUUGUCUUGGUUUUUCAGGAGCCAAGCCCACAUUGAUGUAACUCUUGAGAUUACGUCACAAGGACACGCUGAUGUUGGUCACAUGGUCCAGUUCAGUAAACAGGUGAGAUACUAUAGAUAGCAGAGUAGACUGUUCGCAGUCCUCUAUUUUCCUGUCAUAUGCAAUCUUACAACCCCGCUAUCUCAGGGUACACUUUCUCAAGAUUAUUAAAUGGUCGCUGAGCACUACUUAGGGGGCGGGGGUGGUUUGGUUUUUUCCCGCCCCCUUCUCCCACAGCUAUAAUCCCCGACGUCCGCCCCCUCGGUACAUUUGAAAAUCAAGAUGGCCAACAUUAACGGUAAGACGCGCUCACGGAAAAAUAGGGGACUGUGAACAGUCUAAUAGCAGAGGGUCCCUUUAAAGGAUUCCUCAAUCCCGUCUUCCCAACCAAAAUGUUCCCUCAAUCCCGUAACCCGACGCUUUUUGUUGACUUAUGUCGAUCCUGAUCAUACGUUCCAAAAAGUGCCUUAUACUGGUUCUAAAAAUCUCACCUUUAUAGGAGGACCAGUGGCAGAUAAUGGAAUAAAAACGGUGGCGGGUAGUGUCAAAAUAGGCAGAUGACAAGCUCGAGAAAGAUGUGCACAUUUUGUUAAGUCAAAAUGAAAGUUUUUUCAUCAUUUAGUUGAAAAAGUUUCUCUUUCGAACAUCGUUUCUUUUGAAAAACAUCUCCUGCAUCCCGUUCAUAAUUACAAUCCCGAAUAUUAGCUUGCUUAACAUUACCUCUUAAAUCGCGCAUCCUGGCCUUGAAAUGAGGCACAACCAGGAUACAUCAACUUGACGAAGGACUACAUCAGGAGAAACGAAAGACAAGUCAUAACGUCAUCCACAGUCCAACAAAAGACAAUAGGGAGUAGAGGAAUUCUUCACACAGAUAAUCAUUGCAGAUUCAUGCACAUCAAGAACGGAUAAAAAAAAUGGGUUUUAAGUCGACCAACAAACAAAAGGAGAGUAAACUUAAGUCGUGAUCUGUAAUCGUUAGUUAAACUUGCCAACAAACUAUGAACUAUGAAAGUCGAGCGAGUAGCACGAAAUGAAUGAGGUAGGGGUCAUCGUAUAACGAGAAGGACUUGGGAAAGCCUAGUCUCCUCCGAGUUGAGUUAAGGAGGCUCGCACCCAUUUUUCAAGGUCUCACCCCUUCGUGAUUGAUGCUCCAUAACUAGGCUGUAGUGCAUAUACAAAAAAGCCACAAAGUGAAGCGACAUAUCUAACAAUAAUUAUAUCUAAAAACUGAACUUUAUUUUAGAGUAUGUUUUGUUGACAUCGCCGCUUCCAUAGCAACAGAAUAACGAUGACAUGAAAUCUACAAUUCGAAAUUUUCUCGAAAGCAAGCAAUAAUCUGUUAAAGUCCUUAAGUGUGCUAAUAGUUUAGACCGUUGUCUUUACCUUUUAAAGAUCUUGGCAAAAGUCAGGGCUUUUUUGCACUAGGUAAUUUCUUACUUACUUUGCUAUGUUUGUGGUCAAAAUUGCAGUUUACAAGUACUGGCUGCGUUUUAACUGAAAUUACUACCAAAUUUGUCAAAGCUAGCCUACUUUAAAGGCGUAAUUUACCCCUGGUACGUCUGUAAGUGUUUAAUAAAUGGCUAUGUAAUAACUGAACCAUUUCUCCUCCAUUUUAAGGGUGAAGACUUAAACCCACUGCAAGAAAGAAGACCAUCGGCGAACUUGGUUAUCAAAAGAGCGGAGUUAAAUUCCACAGUGACAAAUUCACGAGCUGAACCCAAAACUUCAACCACCCCUCAGGCGGUUAGAGCCCAGUACUCGCCAAUAGAAAAGUGUGACGCGUGGGUCAAAAACAGAGAAAAUGAACUAGGGACUAUCUUCCGCAAAAGUAAAGAGAAAUACAAUGCAAAGCCACGGACAUUUCGAGGAUAUAACACGACGCAAGUUUCGUCGUCUCCGUUAGCUCUGCGCGGCAACGCAUUGACUUCAUCUCCUAAAGACAUGACGGAAAACACUUCGAUUAUAAGGUGCUCCUCGAGCGCCUCAGGAAUAGAUUAUUCCAAAUACACAGACAUGUUUAAAAACGUGCUGGAGUUUUACGGACCAAGACGGUUGAGACCGAAAUCGCAUUCAGCCAUAGAACAACUAUUAUCCAUGAAAACUUAACCCAAAGGACCUGCCAGCAAAAGCCGGAAGUUUAUUGCCCAGGCAGGCUUUAUCUCAUUUUCUUGAGUAAGGCCAGCCUCGUUCCCAAUCACCUCCGGCGAUUUUGGAUGUGACGUCACCUGUCAAGCUUGCCGGGAGUCUGUCGGGAGAAGUCGGGAGAAUUCGCUUUCGCGGUCGGUUUCCAAACCGUCCUCCGCUCAUAUCACGCAAAUAGUGCGAACUG